GCAACAGUGCUGGACCUCCUGGGAGAGUUCCUUAGAGAUCCCUGGGUCCUUCCUCGGCUUCUCAGUCGCUGCCUGCCCAACGCUGUGCAGAGAUCCCGGCCUCUGAGCACAUGGAUCUCGGAAUUGUUGCAGAGAAUGAGAAUGUGCAGCUGGAGGACAGGAACCAGGACAGGCACCAGCUUGGAGACCCACAGGAGGAGAUGGGGAAGCUGCCGGGCUCCAAGACAGACUUCCCAGCCAGGAUGGUCCUCAGUGAAGAGGAAAAGCUAAAGAUUUCCAAAGACCUCGUGGAUCUCCAGAUCGAGACAAACAAAAUGAAGGAGCAUUACGAGACUGAGAACUUCAAACUGAAAAAUACGAUGCAGGCCCUGGAGAGGAGGGUGCAGGAGCUGGAGCUGUGCAGUGCCAGCGUGACUUGGGAGCGAGAUUCCCUGCGGGAGCGCCUGCGCGCCCUGGAGAGCAGCCGGCAGGAGCUGGGGGAGGAGUUCAUCAUCCUGAAGAGCAAUUACCUGGCCCUGGGCAGAGAGCUGGACCAGGAGGUGAGAGGGGCCACACUGCUCAUCCCAGAGCUCGUGCCAGGGCUUAUCCCAGAGAUCCCAGCUCACCUCACAUUUCCCUGCUGUGGGGGCACCUUGCUUGGCUUUUGGUUGUGCAUCCCCAUCACAGCUCAGGCCGAGGGAGGCUGCUCAUAAAAUUGUACAAAAGUUCUUGUUGAAGUGACCUCUUAAAGGCCACCAAGUCCACAAAAACCAUCCAG